UUUACUCCCCGCCGGAGGGUAGGACCUUCACUUGGCGAAAGUUACGCCGAUUCUAGUUUGUUUCAUUUUUUCUCAACCACAGCAGCGUUGCUUGUGCUUUUCGUGAGCAGUUUUUAUUCAUUCAUUAAGAGGAAGAUAAACUGUUAUCAGUCGUAGCCACGGGGGUUGUGGGCAGUUACCUGAAGGUAGAUUAAUUUCUAAAGGAGUUCGAUUUGUGCGAGAAUCGGCAGAGGAUAAGAAAACCAAACUCUCACGUCUCCCAUAAUGGAAGGAAAGAAUGUCAACAAGAAGGGUUUGAUUUUGUUUGUAACCGCCAUUGCUUUUAGCGUAAGCCAAUUGAGUAAGGUGGACGGAGCGGUGGCAUUAAAUAGUUUUGUUAAAAACUGCAACUUUUCAAAAAAUGAUGCCGGUGAGCCAUUGUUUUUAACAAAGUAUAUUGAAUCUGGGGACAUUGAUAAAGCGCGCGUUUUGAGUAAAACCGGAUGUCUACCAAGUGCUCCUCAAGUAUUGAGUUACAGUGGCUUUAUUACCGUGAAUAAAGAAUUCAAUAGCAAUAUAUUUUUCUGGUUCUUUCCUGCAAUGAAUAACAAUAAAAAUGCACCUGUUCUGCUAUGGCUCCAAGGAGGUCCAGGCGUCAGUGGAUUUUUCGGCCUUUUCGUCGAGAACGGACCUUAUGUGAUCGACGCCAACAUGACCGCGAGUAUUAGAAAGUAUAACUGGGCGAGAACCUACCAAAUAAUAUUUGUGGAUAAUCCUGUUGGUACAGGAUUCAGCUUCACAGACGAUCCGAAGGGAUAUGUUACAAAUCAGGAAGAAAUGGCGGAAGACAUGUACAAAUUUUUAAAACAGUUUUUUGUUUUGUUUCCCGAGUAUCAGAAAAAUGAUUUUUACAUCGCAGGAGAAUCGUAUGCUGGUAAAUAUAUUCCUUCUCUUGCCUAUAAAAUACAUUCUAUGGGAUCACAGUCCGCCGUGAAGCUGACUGGUAUAGCCAUCGGUAAUGGAAUGUGCGACCCAGAGACGAUGAUGGACUAUGGCACUUACCUCUACAAUAUCGGUCUGGUGGAUGAAAUGCAGGCCGACGAAAUGAGGAACCUGUCGUCCUCAAUAGUCCGUCACAUACAAAAAGAAGACUUCUACGAUGCGGUGCUAGAAAUGGACAAAUUAAUCAUUAGUUUUGCAAUUCUUCCAUACAAGAGUCUAUUUACAAUCUUCACCGGCAUGAAUUUUUAUUAUAAUUUCUUAAUAAGUGAAACUCCCAAAGAAUUUUCUUAUUUUCAAACUUACGUUGAGAAGCCACAGUUUAGAAAUGCACUGCACAUAGGAAAUUUAACUUUCCAAAAUGGAGAAACCGUGCAAAAGUAUCUUUUGAUGGACGUUAUGAAAUCUGUAAAACCGAAAGUGGCUGUGAUUAUGGAUCAUUACAGAGUUAUGAUAUAUAAUGGUCAACUGGACAUUAUAAUACCUUAUCCAGCGACAUUAAAUUUCUUAAAAUCAGUUAACUGGACCCACGCGGCUGAAUACAAGAAAGCUAAGCGUCAUAUAUGGAGGCUAAAGGGGAGUAAUGAAAUAGCUGGAUACGUACAUAAUGUUGGGGAUUUCUAUGAAGUAUUGGUAAGGAAAGUAGGACAUAUUCUACCGUAUGAUAAUCCAGAAGUUGGUUUUGAUUUGAUUACAAGAUUCAUUGACAAAGUUCCUUUCUGGUAAAUUUCAUAACAUUUAAAACUGCCUUCAGUUGUGAAUGCAUUUUCUAUAAGUGUCCAUUAAAAAAGACUAAAAAAAUAGUGACCCUAUGAUAACCAUAAUGGUUUCGAUUUAAUUACAAAAUUCAUCGACUAAGUCCCUUUCUGGUAAGUUUCAUAGUACGUGAAACAACUUUAAGUUGUGAAUGCAUUUUUUUAUAGGAGUUAUUUAAAGGAAGACAAAAAAAAUUGGUUUUCAGCAUUAGAAAGGUAUCUUGAAUGACGGUGUUUAAUUUAUUUGCAUUCUAUUGCAUAAUAAGAUAAGAUACAGUUCUUGACGAAAUUUUUUUAUUAGUAUACGAUAUUAUCAGAAGUUAUGUGACUGAAUACAUACUCAAAUUUAUUAAUUAAAGGUUAAAAAGAAACGAAUAGUUCUCCCAAUAUUUCUACAAGAAGCCAACUUACUAAACAGAAAGAUUAUUCUUAUUAAAUUCUUUAAAAAUUGACCAUUAAAUUCAUAAAAUUUGAAAUAUUAAUUUAUAUUUUAUGUGAGAAUAAUAAUUAAUUCAUCAAAAAUUGUCGUGUGAAAAAAGUAUACUUCAUCUUCAUAU